AGCGACCAUCACCAUCGUUAGUGUUUUGUUCUGCGUCGGCACAUCGCCAUCCCUCGCCUUUCGACGUCGCUCGCGUCGCGGGAAAAAACACUUUUUCAACUCUCAGUGUCGAAGUGUUUUCGGUGUGACACCGAGUGGGUCCCGCUCUGCACUUUGCGCUUAGUCCUACCGCAAUGACACAGACGCCAACUUUACCACUAGUAGAGACGGUCAGGGUCGAAUUAUGAACAAACAAGCGGCCAGAGCGCCGAUUAUCAUCUUGUGAGCGCACUUUGUAAAUAUUUGCGAUAAAGUGCUGACUUGAUAAACGCCCACCAUCGAGCGCGAAAACUGCUUGGAGCUCGAACCGCUGCUAUGUGGCGAGCCAGUCAUUGUUCAGCUACGUGCAAAGUGUAGCUGAGCUGCACCACAGCUCUGACGCCACCAGUCGGACCAGUUUGGCGGAAAAUCGGCGCUUUUUUGGGUGUUUUUUCCCGGUUUGUCCGAUAGGUAGUAUGUCGAUGGUGCGACGCAUCACGACGUAGCAGGGUCGCGUCUGGCCGCAGUUUUAUUUUUAAACAUUUUCGAAGUUUUGUUGAUGCAUCCGCCGAGUUCACUAGUUCAGCUUGUUCGGCUCAGACGCCUCGUCUGCACGGUUUGUUGAUUGCUCUCCUCGCCCUCGCUCGGAGUGGCGUCCGCCCAGCAAACCCUGAAGAGUGACUAACCGAAACGAAGCGAGUGCCUUACAAAACUUGCUCACUUGGAAAAGGAUUUGUGAUUGUGAACCGGUCUGUGAUAAGAAUUGUGGUGACGAUGAUGAAAAAGGAGAAGCCAAUGAUGUCGGUGACGGCGAUCAUUCAAGGGGCGCAACAGCAGCACUGGGGCAGGGGCUUCGGGGGCUUCAACGGCCCCCAAAUGUCUUUAGGUUACCCCUGUACUAAUGGUUUAAGCCUCGACCCCAACUUAUCGAUGGGACCGAUAGGACCGCAAUCCCCACUAGACAUGAAGCCAGAUGCCGCCACAUUGGGCCAGUUCAGCCCCCAGGGCCCCAACAGCCCCAACUCGUACGCGUUGGGGCAAGUGGGGCUGCUCAGUCCGUCGCCGGGGAGUGGAGGAGGAGGGCAAAAGGGCGGCCAGGGCAGUCCCUAUCCCCCCAACCAUCCGUUAAGCGGCUCCAAACAUCUGUGCUCGAUUUGUGGGGAUAGAGCGAGUGGGAAACACUAUGGAGUAUAUAGUUGCGAAGGUUGCAAAGGAUUCUUCAAGCGAACUGUCCGAAAAGAUCUUUCCUACGCCUGUCGAGAGGAAAAGAACUGCAUUAUUGACAAAAGACAAAGAAACAGAUGUCAGUAUUGCCGAUACCAAAAGUGUCUCACUAUGGGCAUGAAGCGCGAAGCUGUCCAAGAGGAGCGGCAGAGGACGAAGGACAGAGACAACUCAGAAGUGGAGUCCACCUCCAGCAUAGCUGUGGACAUGCCAUUGGAGCGAAUAGUUGAAGCUGAGAAACGCGUCGAAUGCAAUGAAGUAUCGGCGUCAUUAGAGAACAUCAACAGCAACAUCAGACAUGCAUCCAACUCGCAACUGUUGCAGCUGCUCGAAUGGGCGAAACUUCUGCCACAUUUCACUCAGCUGAACAUGCAGGAUCAGAUUGUUCUCUUGAAGAACAGCUGGAAUGAACUACACAUUAUGGCGCUGGCCCAUCGCUCGAUGACGGUUCAACAGGGGAUUCUUCUCGCCACUGGCUUAACAAUCAAUGAGUCGUUAUCGCAUGCCAUCGGCGUGGGAAACAUCUACGUGUGGAUACAGGAUUUCAUCAAUAAGCUGCGAGAAAUCCGAGUGGAUAAAACGGAACUGGCCUGUCUUAGGGCUGUUAUUCUUUUUAAUCCAGAGUUUCGUGGCCUUGUCUGCAAGGAGGACGUGAAUGUUAUUCGCGAGAAAAUAUACGAAGUGAUGGAGGAAUACGUGCGCACGACUUACCCGAGCGAACCAGGCCGAUUCGCCAAACUUCUUCUGCGACUUCCAGUGCUCAGGUCGAUCGGCCUUAAGUGCCAGGAUCAUUUGUUUUUUUACAGGUUAAUGUCAGGAGUAACUUUGGACUCAUUCCUCGCGGAAAUGCUUGAAACCGCCAGGAACUCUUAGGCAAGCAGUUGGAUGGACCUUAGUUGUAGGAAAUGUUACAAAUAAAAAAGUACGAAAAGCACGUAGAAUAGAGCUGUUGAAUAAUUCUGUAAAACGUUGUAGAGGGAAAGGGCACAACGAGAGAUUGAAGGGUUUUUGGCUGAUUUUGCGCUUUAUUGCCCGUUAAUUUUUACAUAAGCAAAACCAUCUCUAUAAGAUUCAGUCUUUCCCUCAGAUGCAAACCUGUGAUUUAUAAUGAUUAAUUAAUUAGCUUGUUUAUAGUUAAUUAAGUUUACAAAAACAGUGUAUUACUAGCGAGUAUUUUUGUAGUUCAUUUUCUCUAAAACGAUUUUAGGUACCUGUAUUGUUUCCAUAUGGGGGUUUUGUAACUGCAAUACGAGCUGUUAGUGUUGGUUGUGUUUGAAGAUUAAUCAAAAUUCUAUAAUAGUCUCUAUCCAUAUAAAUAUAUACAUAAAAACACCCGUUUCAAGUAGAUAUAUUUAUUCUAAUUUAUCAUGCUCAUUUCGAUUGCAGAAUGUUUUGGUUGGUCUGAGCGGUUUUUCCCUGAGCGAGUAAAAUUUCCUCGCUUGGGGCAUUUUAUUAGAAGAAAACGUCUGUAAAUAGUAGAUUUAAGCUGAAGAAAUGAUGGAAUGUAUUCUAUUCCCGUUUAGGUUUAUGCUGUUAGAGAACAUUGAUGAAUUGUACUAUUGACUUGAAAAUUAUUCCUUGUGUAGUUUAUACAUUUGAAUUCUAUCAUUAUGUAAAAUUAUAUUUUUAAUAAAUUCUAUUUUAAUAUUG